AUGGAAGCUUGUUCAGCAUGUUCAAGUCCUGAUCGAUCAACUAACGAAAAUCUUCGUAAUGGUAAAAAUAUUGGUGUUACUGAUGCAGACAUGAAAGAACUCGAAAACCUUUGCCAUAUGCUCAACGAACUAGAUGCAGCAAAUUUACUUGUAGAAGAAUGUUUAUCACUUUUUACUGAUGAUUUAUUUGAAGUUCAUAGUCAAUUCAAUCCUGAGGGCUGUCUCAAAUACAUACCAAAUACCAUAGAUUUAGUAUUUAUUAGUCGUUUACUUCAUUGUGAAGUAGAUCCUUCAUUAUAUUAUCAAGACAUUGAUAUUCCAGAAGUCUGA